CUCUCUGACUCCACCACACAGCACAUUUCCUCCUCUCACAGCAGCCGCAGCAAGAGAAGCAAAGAUGAUCCAGAAGUCCUGCCUCGUAAUCCUGAUGCUUGUCCUUUGCACAGCUCUCAUACAAGGAAUGCCAACUACCAGCAGAGGGCGUUGCCUCUGUCGAACAAAAGGAAUGAUGUUGAGCUCUGUCCCUAUUCAACGCGUUGCUGAAGUUGAAUUUCACCGGCCCAGCAGCAGCUGCGAUCAGGAGGAACUGGUAGUCACUUUCAAGAGAAACGCGCGCAAGAGGUGCCUGAACAUUAAUUUGGAGCAAGGCCGUCGUAUAAAGGAGGCAAUUAUGAAGAAGAGGAAAUGAAGAUUGUUAGAGACUGAGAGAGGAGAAGGCAGAGAAAAUAUACCGUAUUUUUUGCAGCAUAACACUCACUUUUUUCCUCCUAGAAAGUAAGGGGAAAUGUCUGUGCGUGUUAUGGAGGGAAUGCCUACGGAUGGCGGGAGGAUCUGCUGCAGUCGUGAGCAGAGGAUCCAUGGUUCCCCUUCCUUCCCUCCUCCGUGGCUCGCUUUGAAACAGCAAAGCGGGAGAAGAGCCGCUGAGUGGGGAGGAAAGAGGGACAGA